AGAGUCUAGCCAAGUGUCUUCCAACUCGAAACAAUGAAAUUCCUAUACAGCUGCGUUCUUCUGCUGGCCCUGUGCGCCGCCAGCCAGGCCUACAGCGCCACCUGGGGCAAGAGGAACAGCACCGAUUACCUGCUCUCCCGCCAGACGGAGGUGCGUGCCCCGCUGAAGAACAGCUACUGGAACAUCAAUGUGGACUUUCCCCGUUCCGGCACCAGCAAUCUCUACACGAUCACCGCCAUCAAUGUUAUCGAUAACUUCCGCAACAGCUCUGGCGCCACGCCCAGCCUGUGGUCCGGCGGCCCCGGCUAUCGUUUUGCCCAAAUCAAUCUGCGCAGCCAGGUCAGCAAGGGCCUCAACUCCACCGUCGAGAUCUGGGGUCGUUAAGCUGUAAUGCUUGGCGGGAUUUAACCGAUACGAAACUCUUCCAAACUCGCAAUCAAAAUAUAGUUUAAAAAA